AUUCAUAGUCGAGCAAUAUGGCGUUGUCGUCGCGUCUGGUCACACUGUUGGCAUAAGUUUUUUUUUCGCACAACUCAUAAUUGUCGUGAAAAUCCACGUUUUGGCCCAAAAUGACCACAAUUGCGGAUUUAUUCACAAAGUAUAAUUGCACAAAUUGCCAGGAUGAUAUUCAGGGCAUUCGAGUGCACUGCGCGGAGUGCGAAAACUUCGAUUUAUGUUUGCAAUGCUUUGCCGCAGGUGCGGAAAUCGGUGCUCAUCAAAAUAACCAUGCCUACCAGUUCAUGGACACGGGUACCUCCAUAUUGAGUGUAUUUCGUGGAAAGGGGGCGUGGACGGCACGAGAGGAGAUCCGCCUGUUGGAUGCAAUCGAGCAGUACGGCUUCGGAAACUGGGAGGACAUUAGCAAGCACAUAGAGACGAAGUCGGCGGAGGACGCCAAGGAGGAGUAUGUGAAUAAGUUCGUGAAUGGCACGAUUGGAAGGGCUACUUGGACGCCGGCUCAGAGCCAGAGACCCCGCCUUAUCGAUCACACAGGAGACGACGACGCUGGUCCUCUGGGCACCAAUGCACUGUCCACCUUGCCUCCAUUGGAAAUCAACUCGGAUGAGGCCAUGCAGCUGGGCUACAUGCCCAACAGGGACAGCUUCGAGCGGGAGUACGAUCCCACGGCAGAGCAACUGAUCUCCAACAUCUCGUUAAGCUCUGAGGAUACGGAGGUGGAUGUGAUGCUUAAGCUGGCCCACGUGGACAUCUACACCCGCCGACUUAGAGAGCGAGCUCGCAGAAAACGGAUGGUCAGGGACUAUCAGUUAGUAUCAAAUUUCUUCCGCAACAGAAAUUACGCUCUGCAACAAGGUCUCACAAAGGAGCAGCGCGAGUUCCGCGACAGAUUUCGGGUCUACGCCCAGUUCUACACUUGUAACGAGUAUGAGCGGCUGUUGGGAUCACUGGAGCGAGAAAAGGAACUACGCAUUCGACAGUCAGAGCUAUACCGAUACCGGUAUAAUGGCCUGACCAAAAUUGCGGAAUGCACCCACUUCGAGCAGCAUGCGGCAACAGCGACGCACCGCUCUGCAGGACCUUAUGGCCACGGGAAGACCGACCACACGCAACCAUCCAAUGGAAGUCAUCGGCCGCCAAGCUCUUCCUUGCACUCCCCACAACCGAAUCUCAGAAAGGUCGAAAUGUCAAGCGGCGCCGAGGUAAGUUCAAAUUCAAUCGCACCAAGAAACACGCUCCACAUCGCCGACCCGACCUGCUCCGGCGCAUUAUUGCCCAGCAAAAACUACUUGGAUAGCUGUCGGGGAUCGUCGGCAGCUACGAUGCUGCAGACGACGGGAAUGGGAACGGGAAUGGGGGUAACAGUGGACUCGGGAGCGACGACGGGAGUGACUUCCACGGCUACGACGAUGGCGAAUCUGCCAACGAACUCGGCGAAGGGAAGCCAACAACAUCUGCAGCCGCUGCAGCAGCAUCCUCAGCUCCUGCAAAGCGGCAACCAGCACAAAAUGCAAAACGAGGCCGCCGGCGGAGGCAGUGAGCAGGUGCCCAGCAUGAGCCUAAAAUUGCGCACCCAGCUGGAGGAACUGAAGCACCUGCCUCAGCCGCUGGGCAGUGAACUGCUCAGUCACAACGAGCUGGAUCUGUGCAAGAAGCAUAAUAUUACGCCCACCACCUACCUCUCGGUUAAGACUGUUUGCUUGAGCGGGGCACCAUCGCUGGGCAGUCCUAUGGAGACUUCGCUGCGCAAGUUCUUCAUCAAGUGCGGCUGGCUGAGCCACUGAACAUCAUUCAACUUCCCGCGCCCCUUUGAUUAAGAGCUAAAUGCAUUUAUAAGGACUUCACUUUAUUUUAUUAGUUAGAAUAGGUUAAAGACAUUUUUAUACUGUUCAACUUUCGUUGCCAUUUUCAUCGUGGUUAAAACUACAAAACUGAAAAUCCAUUUACUUGUAUCAAGUCAAGCUCAAUUACAUAAUGUUUUCUUCCUUUGAGUGAGAUGUCGGGAUUCAGAUAUUCUGUAUUAACUAAGCCUAAGUAGGUGACCCAACCAAUUGAAUAUGUAUGAUAUGAAGUCUAAAUGAAGUAAUAAAUGUAAUAGUGAAUGUGCAA